ACAAAAUCUCCCCACACCCCAAAAGAAAAGAUUUUUUUUAAAAAUGGAUAAAUUAAUAAGCAGAUAACUCAGUUUACUGUUCCCCAUAUUCCCAUAUUUUAAGUUUUGGUUCAAAUCAGGAUAAGGCUUGGCCUCACUUAUUUAUUCUCUCCUUUUAUCUUUCCCUUCGCUUCAUUUAUCCAUAUUUCAAUUCAGAUAGACUUUUCUCAGAAACAGAGUAUAUAUUUAUAUGAGAAAAAUGGAGAAAAUAUCGCCACCCCAUGUGCUCUUCACCAGCUAUUAAUAGCCCAUCUCAGUCAUCUCUCUUCUCUCUGUUUUCUUUCAAUCCAAAUCCACUCUUUUUUCUAUGCAAGCUUCCAACUUUGAACCAGCCCACAUGCCUAUUGCUUUAGACAGAAAUGGUGGUGGCGGCAAUAUGAUCCAAAGGCCGAGGUUCAUCCACGGGAUGCCUUGUCUCUCGAUGCACGACUCGUCGGAGAACAAGGGCUUUGCUCAACAUCGUCGUUUGGAGCAGGACUUGGACUCUUGUAGUUCGUCUUCAGUUGGUCGGAAUAGUGAUUCGUCUGAUGGGUCAUCGGAGGGCGACGACUCUGGUGAGGCUGAGAUUCAGAGCUCGUAUAAAGGACCUUUGGACACCAUGGACCAGCUUGAGGAGGUUUUGCCUGUCAAGAGAGGCAUAUCUAUGUUUUAUAGUGGCAAAUCAAAGUCCUUCACAAGCCUGGAAGAUGUCUCGUCUGUUUCUUCUGUUAAGGACCUUGAAAAGCCAAAAAAUCAUUUUAUGAAGAAGCGCAAGAAUUUAUUAGCCCAUAGUAAUGAUAGGAAUUGCAAUAACCCUUUGAAGAAUAAUGGUGCAGUAAAGAGACCAACUGCUAACUCUAGUCGAGGUUCAUUUCUUAUUGGGGAGAACUUGAGCAGCUCAAUUUCACCACCUCCUACUUCCUGUCUUCCACCUCUGCAUCCACCUCUACAUCCAGACAGUAAAAGAUCUCCUGGUAAUGGAUCAUCCCCACCUCCUCUUCGACGGAACUCUCCUUGGCGGUCGUUCUCUCUGUCUGAUCUACAGUGUGUCGCUGCAGCAACGCCUAACAUAACUGGCUUGGAAAUUUGAAGUGUCAAGAAUCUACUCUGACAGUUCAGGUUUACGUUUCGUUUUCACGAUUCCGGAAGAAUGUUGGUGGUGUUGAAGUUUCAGUCUCAUGGGUUUUUCCCCUGUUCUUGCAGCAUCUGCAUACCAUGUCCGGGCAUCUUGAAGAUCUAAUCAGAGCUAUAAUGUUUCCCACAUAUAGGCUUUAGUUGUUAUGUUGAUGACUGCACUGCGUCAUUUGUAUCAUACUAGUAUCACAUUUAUGUUUCUUGUUCCAAAUAUUUUGACAUAAUUAAAAAUUGCACCGACUCAUAUAAUUAUAUGGAAGCCAUUAAAACUCCAA